UAUAAUGAGAGAUAGAUUGAUAUCCCUUUAGCACUCAAGUAUAAACCAACAAAACAAAAUAAUUAUAAUGAGUAAUGCAUCAAAAAACCCUAUGCAAAAUAGUCAUGAGAAACCUUUGUCUUCUCCCUCAUCAACGUUGAAGCUAUUUGGUUUUUCAUUAACAUCAUCCAACACCCUUCCUUGUGAAAACAAGAGAUACAAAUGUCACUUUUGUCUCCGCGAAUUUUCCAAUUCUCAAGCGUUUGGAGGCCAUCAAAACGCUCACAAGAAAGAGCGAAAAAGAGCUCAAUUUCUUUCCAUUAUUCCGCAUCAUCAACGCUUUGUAGCGUCUUCGUCUUAUAAUCCUACAAGAGUAAUGUUUUUUCAUCGACAUGCACAACCUUAUAAUGAAGAGGAGCCUCAAAUUCCUUAUGAUACAGCCACAUCAAGAAAUAAUGAGUCUUUCAUGCAAGUACACAAUAAUAUUAUUGAUGGUGAUGAUGUUGAUCUUAGCUUGAGUCUAGCUUGUGGGCCUUUUAAUUCUAAGGACAAAGAGUUUGAAAGGAGGUAAACAUGAAUUUAGACACAAAAUAAACAUGUCCUUUAAGUCGAUCCACUUUUAUUUUCCUCGUUCUUAUCCUUUUAGUACUUGCGCUACUCUAUAAUUGGGUUGUUUAAAGUGUAUGUCUUUUGGAUUUUAUUUUACAUAUAUUUUGUGUGAAAUUUCAUAUUUAAUUUUCUUAAUUUUCACUUAUGACCUUCUUC